GAGGUCGCCAACAUCACGCUUGCCGUCGCUUUCAUGCGUGAAUCCGGCCGCCGAUCGCUUCCCGUAAGCGCCGACGACCUUGACCUCGUUUGGAGCCUCAUCUACGGAGCACUCACCAGCCGCAUGCUUCCACACCCUCUCUGCACAGCAUCCCGCAGUGCCCAGGGCUUUCUUGCCGUCCCACUCUGCAGUUUGUUAAAGGAUGGCGCGAUCGAUGAGCUCUUCCGGCUCCAUGCCUGGCUGCCCGACGGCUACCGCGGCAACCCCGACUUCGCCGUUCACUCACACCAGCCUUUCGCCCAGAGCUGGAUCCUGGCCGGCGAGGGAACAGAUCACCGGUACGACGUUGAGCCCACCGAGGAUCCCACGCGCAGUACCCACGCCGUAUAUCAACUGGCCUGGAGCGACGGCAAAAGACAGGACGCGGCAUACAAAACCCACCAGACAUAUUCGAUCGUGCAGAACACGGGAAAACCGGUGCGCGCGACGCGGACGGCCUCCGAGACGCACUCCCGCAACAUGGCGUAUACCGUCCCCGCCGGCGCGUUCCAUUCAACGAGCGUGGCGCCGAACAUCUUGCACGCUACCCUGUUCUUCUUCGAUUCCCACCGUGGAUUCAUGCAGCUCGCGCCGGUGCUCGGGCCUCGGGACGCCGAGUCUUAUAAGCAGGUCCGCGACCCCGCGGGCACCACACCGCAAAUCCUGGCCGAGAAGGUUCAGCUUCUCCGGACGUGGGAGGUCCUCGUGGAGCGGGGCCGCCGCCUCGCCAAGUCGGCCGAGCUGGAGUUCGCUCUGGUGGCCUUGAACGACGCGCUCCAACUGUGCGAGUCGAGAGUCGACUUCCCGAACGCGACGCUCUACAGACGCCGAGUCCUCGGCGAGCUCGGCAGCCUGAACAGGCGGCUCGGGCGGUACGAGACGGCGAGGGCGAUCCUGGAGGCGGCCAUCGCAGAGACGGAGCCGAGCGUGCAGCGGAUCGAGAUGAGCGGCGAGUUGGGGGUCGUGUACCGCCACAUGAACCGGCUCGAGGACGCCAAACGCGCGUUCGAGAUGCAGUACCGCACGGCCGAGGAGCUCGGAGCGGAGCAGGCCAUGUGCCGGGCCAUCGGCAACCUAGGCAUGGUCAACUAUCAACUGUCGCAGCAGAUGCUGCAGCUGGCCAUCGAGCAGCUGAACGAGCGCGUCGACAGGGCACGGCGCAUCAAGGAAACGCCGGCGCAGGCCAGCUUCGCCGCGACCCAGGAGAUCGUCGGCCAGGCCCGUCUUUCCCUCUGCUAUGCCUCGCAGGGGAAUACAAAACAGGCCGUUGCCUCGGCGCUCGCGUCACUCCGUCUGUCGUCCGAUCUGGAAUCCACGCAGCGAGAUUCGACGCUCGUCGCUUUCUCGCGCUUCUUCUACGGGCGCGCGCUGCUGUUGGACGGCCAACGCGACGAGGCCCUGAAGCAGUUCAACCCCCCUCCACCGGCGUGCACGCCAGCCAUGGCAAUGUGCAAGGAGCCGUCAGAAGAGCACCGCAAGUACCUCGAGGAGCUGGUCAACGCCGGCGCCGACAUGGACCUGGUCGACGAGCAGGGCUACACCGCGCUCGACCACGCGGCCUUCAGCGGCGACGUAGCCGCCGAGGAGCUCGUGCUGGAGGGAAUCCGCCGCAAGCUCGGCGGGGACCCGGACGCCGAGAACAAGCUCCAGCAGCGCCGAGCGGACGCGAGGAUCCGGCGGAAGUACCGCGAGCUGUUCCAGGAGAAGAUGCGGCCGGUGCUGCGGCAGCGCGGCGGCGCCGACGCGCUCCGCGAGCUGCGGCGCGUGUACGCCGACACGCUCGCCACCGACGAGCAGGCCGGCCGCAUCUUCGACCACCUCAAGUUCAUGCGCUGGCCCGACUUCCGCCGCCACGGCGCGCUCCCGCGAUCCAGCGACGCCCUGACCCUCCGGUUCGAGCCCAGCUCGGGCGACGCCGCGACCCGCUUUGUGAUUUUCUUCUCGUACCGCUGGAUCAACAAGGACAAGAAGAAGGGCGACUCGCCCGACGAUGACGCCAAGACGCAGUACCGCCGCAUGACGGCGGCGGUCGAGGAGUUCCUGAAGCUCCAUCCCGCGGUAGACCCCGAGACGCUCGGCAUCUGGGUGGACCAUGCCUGCGUGGACCAGGACGACCCGAUGCCGGGCGUCACCGCGCUGCCCAUGAUCGUGGCCCAGUGCAACGCGCUGAUCAGCCUGGUCGACGACCUCUACUACACGCGCGCCUGGUGCGCCGUCGAGGCCAUGAUGAUCCAGAAGCUCAAGCGGGCGUACAACGUGCACCUGUGGUACGAGCAGGUGCCGAGAUUGCCGGGAGAGCGCUCGGAUGAGAACGACGACGCGCAGGAGUGGUGUUUGCGGGAGGCGCCGAUGGAUGUGGAGAUCGUCAUGGCGGACAAGCAGCUCACCUUUGAGGAAGACCGGCCGAAGGUCUUGUUCCUGGAGAGACAGAGCAAGCUGUUGGCAUAG